AUGAAACUUGAGGGGGAGUGCCCAGACCCUGCUGAACCCCAGAAUGGCUACAUCACACAUCCAAGACCUCGCUACACCGAGAACUCCACAAUUCACUUCUUCUGCCUGCGUGGUUACUUGCUGUCGGGACCUGCCACCAUGUUCUGUUUGAGAUACCUCAGCAACAAACUCAGCUGGAGACCUCGAGAGCCCCCAGUCUGUGACCUUCUCGUCUGUCAAGUUGUAAGCAUCACCAAUGGAGAGGUGGAGAACAGGACGUACCGGCUCGACGACACGUUGGUGUUCCGCUGUCUGACUGGCUUCCACCUCGACCCACGGUCAACAGAGGCCCUUCCCAGGUGUCAGGAGGACGGUGAUGAGCUGAACUCCUGUACUGACCCUGGGUCUCCGGAGCAUGGAGCCAGGACUGGGACUCCCCCUGGAGCCUUCCAUCAGGGAGCCCUGGUGAGGUUUCACUGCCAGGACGGUUACAAACUGAAGGGCCCACUGAAGGUAGAGUGCCAAAGGCAGGAAGAUGGAAGUCUGGCUUGGGAACCCAGCCCCACUCCUGUCUGUCUCUCAGAAUUGACGGUGUGCCCUGUGCCGUACAUUGAAGAUGCCGAUGUGUACAACAACACCUACCGGCCUGGUGACCAGCUCACUGUCAGCUGUCACCGAGGAUUCCAGAUCCGUUACCCAGAUAUGGAAAACAUGGUAACUCUGUGCCCAGAUGAUGGGAUUUGGGACAACCUGCCCACCUGCCAAGGUUGUUUGAAGCCACAGGUGUUUCCUCACAGUUACAUCAAUGUGUCCGACUCUCUGACCCCGUUCCCUGUGGGAUCAGUGUUACGUUAUCAGUGCUUUCCCGGCUACAAGCUAACAGGACCUGCGAUUCUGGAAUGUAUGUACAACCUCCUGUGGUCGUCCAGCCCACCACAGUGCCUGGAUGUUGAAGCGUGCCCCUUACCUCCAAUUCCAGAUCAUGGGGACUACAUUUGCCAUCCUUAUCCCUGUGACCGCUACAUCCACGGUACUGUCCUGGAGUUUUACUGUGACCCUGGCUACUUCUUGACCAACGAUUACAAGUACAUCACCUGCCAGUAUGGACAGUGGUUUCCCAGCAGCCAGCUCUUCUGCCAACACGCUGAUCAAGCCUGGUCAGACUCUGAGGAAAGUGUCCUGUCCACCUGGAAGAUUGUAGCUUUCACAGCCAUCAGUGUCCUUCUGGCCUUGCUGCUUGUGGUCUUUGUCAAAGCGUUUCACAUCAAGCUGAAAUCACACUUGUUUUCCAACAGUGAUCAAGACUCUUCGGGUAGCCGCCAUUUUGUGGUGGUUGAUGGAGUUCCAGUCGUAUUGCCCACCUAUGAUGAAGCUGUUUGUAACCGCACCAAUAGUAGCUCUGUGCCUGAGGUGACCGCCCCAGCAGAACAGGCCCAGCAAGAGGAGCAAAACCCUCCGGCCUAUCCUGGCCGGCCCGUGGACAGGGUCGUGGCAGCCAAUCCCACGCCUGCAGAGCGGCCUGGCCAAUUGGACUACUUGGGGCCUGGGGAAGGGGAGGACUCAUCGCCGUCAAUGUCAUUCGGUACAGCGGCCACGCACCCCAUCACCGAGGAUAUAGUAGAUGGCCCAGAAACCGAGAACACUGCGUCAACGUCUCCCAGCAUCAACAUCGCAGACGGUGAGUGGUCACUACCUACAAUGGAAGAACCCCCAGCACUUGUACAGUUGAUGGCAAAAUACAGAGGGAAGGCAGCUGGAGGGGGAGAAGUGACUCACUAA